AUGCACACAUUUUUGGCACGUGUUGGUCAAUUACUGUUCCAUGUGUUUGUUCUUCUGGACUUAAAAGGUGUUGAAUCAGCAAAAGGAAAAUAUGCCCAGAUGUUAUUUAGAGACUUAUUUGAGGACUACUCGAAUGCACUGCGUCCAGUAGAAGAUACUGAUAAAGCACUAAAUGUCAGCCUACAGAUUACACUCUCUCAGAUCAAAGACGUUGAUGAAAGAAAUCAGAUCUUGACGGCAUACUUAUGGAUAAGGCUAAGCUGGUACGAUGCUUACCUAAAGUGGGACAGAGACGAGUAUGAUGGCCUUGAUUCUAUCCGUAUUCCCAGCAACAUGGUUUGGAGACCAGACAUUGUGCUGUACAACAAGGCAGACGAUGAAUUUUCAGAACCAGUGAAUACAAAUGUGGUCCUAAGAUAUGAUGGGAAAAUCACUUGGGACUCACCGGCCAUCACAAAAAGCUCCUGUGUUGUUGAUGUUUCUUAUUUCCCCUUUGAUAAUCAGCAAUGUAACUUGACAUUUGGCUCCUGGACCUACAACGGCAAUCAGGUAGACAUAAUCAAUACUAUGGACUCUGGGGACCUGUCUGACUUUGUGGAAAAUGUUGAAUGGGAAAUGCAAGGCAUGCCAGCCGUGAAGAAUGUAAUUACCUACGGCUGCUGCUCUGAGCCCUACCCUGAUAUCACCUUCACUUUGAUCUUGAAGAGGAGAUCUUCUUUCUACAUCUUUAACCUACUAAUUCCCUGUGUCAUGAUAUCCUUCCUGGCUCCCUUGGGAUUCUAUCUCCCCGCAGAUUCAGGGGAAAAGGUUUCGCUUGGUGUCACUGUUCUUCUGGCCCUUACUGUAUUUCAGUUGAUGGUUGCAGAGAGCAUGCCUCCAUCUGAAAGUGUUCCACUCAUAGGAAAAUAUUACAUAGCAACUAUGACCAUGAUCACAGCCUCCACUGCACUGACCAUUAUCAUAAUGAACAUCCACCUCUGUGGACCAGAAGCAAAGCCCAUACCCCGAUGGGCCAGGAUUGUGAUAUUGGACUACAUGUCCAAGAUAUUCUUUGUUUAUGAUGUUGGUGAGAACUGCACCAGCCCACAGAGUGACUCUGACACUAAAUCUAAUGGAAGUGUUCCCUCAUACGAAGAUUAUGAGAAAGAACAGGAGCCCUAUAGUAGCUUAGGUUGUCCUCUCUCAGGCAGUGGGAACUUUUCCUGUGACAUUGACACUAACAAAAAGUUGAAUGGACAUCUGGGGGGACAUUAUGCCCUGCAAAAAGAGAUUUCAGAAACUCACUGCUGUGCCCACUGCAAUCGCUACAGAGUUCUCACUAAUAACAUAGAAUAUAUCACUAACUGGUACAGAGAGCAGAAAGCAAUAAGUGCUAAAGGCAUCGAGUGGAAAAAGGUGGCAAAAGUCAUGGACAGGUUUUUCAUGUGGGUCUUUUUCAGUAUGGUCUUUUUCAUGAGCAUUUUAAUUAUUGCCCAGGCAGUGUGAUUCUUAUUGGCAGCAGUAAAUUUAGAACAGAAGCUUAUAUCUUAGAAAUGAAAUGUAAAUGAAUGGAAUUUUUGACUUCUUACUGUGCACAGAAUUCUAAAGUUACUAAAAACUUUUAACUUUGGUUGCAAAGUGACCCAAAAUAACAGGCUGCUUAGGCAAGUUUAAGGGGAGCAAAGUAAAUGCAGAGUAAAUUCAGAGAAGUUUAGCAGGAGCAAUUAAUAAUCUAUAUAACAGGAUAAAAGGACUUGAACAAAGGACAAUCUGAACAUUGCACUCUCUUCUGCCAUACUGCAAUAACUUGUAUAAGUGACACGAGACAUGUGGCAACACUUUGGUGCAGCAGAGCCACGUCUGUAGUUGUGCACUUGGUAAGGCGAAAGGCAAAAGAUAAAAUAUAACAAGUAGUUAUGCCUGCCUAGUAACUUUAGUGGUUUUAAAUUUUGCAAAAAUUGAAUUCAAAGCACAAAAAAAAGAGCUUUUCCAGCUAGUUUUAGGGGUAUAUGCACCUGAAAUGUUGUGCAAAUAAUAGGAUGCCUUGAAGAACCAUGUCAUUCUUUUACCCAAUGUUGUCUUCAGUGCAAGUGCUAAUUUCCUUCAUGGAUAAUAUCACUGAGAUGACUUUCCCAAAGAUAUGUAUUUAAUAACAGGCCUGAUCAUAAUCUCUGUGGUUCUGAACAGUUUCCGGUCAGAAGUUGAAUAGUUCUAAAAGUCACAUAGGUAUUUUAUUUUCCAAAUACAACUGACUUCUUCAUCCUUCACCAAAUUAAUUGCUUACAUCUGAACAUACUCCCAGGAUUUUGCUAACUUAAAAACAAAGUCAAUUCUGUCCGCAAACAACUUUCCCACCCUUCAGAUACCAAUAAUCUCAACCUUCCUAAAUCUCCUCUUUCCGUAUGCAGCUUCUUUAUUGCUCUCCGCCUACUACUUGCUCACUGGAUAUGCCCUCUUCAUUACUAAACCAGUGUGCCCCUGCCCUAACUCCAGCUCUUACUCACAUUUUCAAUUCCACUCUGGUUUCUGGUACU